UAUUUGGAAGAAGAAGUCCGGCGAGCUACCGCUCUGUUAGGGAGGGUCGAGCGUUGCGCGGAGGUGAGAGCGCAGGUGCGGGUUUGAUGAGAAGCUUUUUCGGUUUGUUUAUAAGAGACCCGGCGAGCGGCGGCGCGUGUCGGGCGGCGCGGGCAUGGCGGCGCUGAAGUACGCGGGGCUGGACGACACCGACAGCGAGGAGGAGCUACCGCCUGGCUGGGAGGAAAGGACCACUAAAGACGGCUGGGUCUAUUAUGCCAAUCAUCUGGAAGAGAGAACUCAGUGGGAUCAUCCUAAAUCUGGGAAACGAAAACGAGUUGCAGGAGAUUUGCCAUAUGGGUGGGAGCAAGAAACUGAUGAAAAUGGACAAGUCUACUUUGUUGACCACAUAAACAAAAGGACAACAUACCUUGACCCAAGACUGGCAUUUACAGUGGAAGAUAAUCCAAUGAAACCAAAUGCCAAGCGGAAGUAUGAUGGAAACACCACUGCAAUGGAAAUACUUCAAGGCCGUGAUAUGAGUGGAAAAGUGGUCAUAAUCACUGGAGCAAAUUCAGGAAUAGGCUUUGAAACUGCAAAGUCUUUUGCACUCCAUGGAGCGCAUGUCAUCCUUGCCUGCCGAAAUGUGUUAAGAGCUAAUGAGGCCAUCCAACGCAUCUUGAAAGAAUGGCAUAAAGCCAAAGUAGAAGCAAUGACGUUAGACCUUUCAUCUCUUCAGAGUGUACAGGAGUUUGCUGAAGCAUUCAGAUCCAAGAAUGUGUCUCUCCAAGCGCUGAUCUGCAAUGCUGCUAUUUUUGGUGUCCCUUGGCAAUUGACUGAAGAUGGUCUGGAGUCCACCUUCCAGGUGAAUCAUUUGGGACACUUUUAUCUCAUUCAGCUCCUUGAAGAUGUUCUUCGUUGCUCAGCUCCUGCAAGAGUCGUGGUGGUUUCCUCAGAAUCACACAGGUUCACAGAGAUUAAAGAUAACUCAGGAAAGCUUGACUUCAAUGCACUUUCUCCAUCUAAGAAAGAAUACUGGGCCAUGCUGGCCUAUAAUAGGUCUAAGCUGUGCAAUAUUCUCAUAUCCAAUGAGCUCAACCGCCGCCUUUCUCCCCACGGGGUGACAUCGAAUGCAGUGCAUCCUGGAAAUAUGAUGUACUCAUCCAUUCAUCACAACUGGUGGGUGUAUACCCUGCUGUUUACUUUGGCUCGUCCUUUCACCAAAUCAAUGCAACAAGGAGCUGCCACGACUGUCUACUGUGCUACUGCCCCUGAACUGGAAGGCCUGGGAGGGAUGUACUUCAACAACUGUUGUCGUUGCCUGCCAUCGCAAGAGGCGCAGAAUGAAAUGACUGCGGCAGCCUUGUGGGAGCUCAGUGAGAAGCUGAUCCAAGAACGAAUUGGCAGGCAGGGCAAGUAGCAGGGAGCUCCUGGAAAGAUCAAAACACGUUGAGUAUAUGUACACACUCAGGCAGGGAGGGGUGAAAAUAAAACUGCCAGUGUUGGAAUCGUUCCAGUCCUAUCAUCUAGAAGGUUACAGGUACAGAUUAGCUCGUGUUAAAUGAAAUGAUAGCUGUCAUGACAUAGUGAAAAACAUUAAAGAUGGGAGGGAGGUGGGCAAGAACGCAGGGGUAGCAGACAAUAUAAUUUUGCCAGGCUGAUAAUUUUGCCUUUGUUCUGUCUCUUUGAUUAUACUUUUGCUUGCUUGUUUGUUUUCUUGUUUAAUUAUACUCUUUGUUCAAAGUGUGUCUCAGGAAAAAGCCAGAGAACUAUUUGUGUCACUUAUUCCAUUUUUUGGUGUAUGCCUCUCUCUCAUUUUCUUUUCAGUGUACACCUAGAAAAGCAGUGUGUGAAUAUGCUCAGCUUGGGUCCCCUAGAGAUAUACACUCCCCUGGGAGUUGCCCACUCCUUGUUGUGUGUACAGUUUGGCAGACAAAGCGGGGGAUGCCUCUUUGUAAUUGAAAUGGUAUUUGGGUUUCCCCAUCCAUUUGCAAAAUAGUUCGGAAUGUAAGUAUGAACAGCCUCCUGGGAUUUCAGUUUGCAACUAGAGCUUACCCUCCAAGGAGGGUGUCCCGUGGCCAGUUCUGCUGCUCGCUGCGUUAACAUUUAGUAAAACAACCAAAAAUCUUAAAUAACCAAUAGCCCCCUUGGCUGCAAAUAAGAACUAGCUUGCCUAAAAAGAGAAGGUGCUCUAAAGUCCAGGUCGCUCCCCUUCUAAUUAAAUAUAUUGCAGGACAGCCAUAAAAUGUGAUAUUGAAAGGUACAUUUGCAAACCAUUCUCUAAAUACUGUGGGGGGGGGGUAAGGUCUCUUUCCAAACACACCGGGUGUAAGCAGUCAGAGGGACUAGACUCGCCCCCCCCCCGUCCAUCUCUCAGAUGAGAGGUUUAAGGAGGGCUGGAGAAUACCGACUCCUUGCCAGUCUCUCAUUUCUCCUGGCGCCGUGUUCUGUUCAGGAGGUUUUUUUCCUAUUUAAAUGUAAUAAAAGAACAUGCUUGAAUAUUGUCACCUGAAGAGCAAGUCUGGCUCCUUUGAAUGUCUUUACUUCCUUUUGCUUUUUGCUCUGUUUGUGUUUUUAAGAAAAGAAAACUUGAGGAAAAAUAAAGAACUCUUCAAUGCCAUGAAAAUGCCAUUUUUUUGUUGUUCUUGUUUCAUUCUGAGUUCAUUUGUCUGUGGAGAUGUUUAAUUUCUCUUCUUUUUGUUGUGCUUUGUAGCUUAUCUUCAUGCCAGAAAAUUGUUGAAAGCCAUUCGCAACCCAGCAUCAGCUUUUCUGUAAACAGAGAAACAAAUA